AUGGUUGAAUUUUUCUAUAAUCAUAGAAAUAACAACUUUAAUCCAGAUCUUGUUAAAAUAUCUCCAAUCAGAUACUCUUCAGCUUUAAUUCAAUUUGUCAAGAAUCUAUUAAUUGCAACACCUCAUGAUCGUCUUUCAUCUGAUGAUUUAACAGUUGAAUCAAUUGGACCAGGUAAACAGAUAGUAACAUCACCAUUUUUAGUUGACAAAAGUAAAUUCCUUCCAAAUAUCACUGAAUUGAAAUUCGAUGGUGAAUACAACUGCCCUCUAAGAGGACUACUUCCAGAAUCUCUUCGAAAACUAUCGUUACUUGGCAAGUUCAAUCAACGAAUAGUUGAAUAUGACAUUCCCUUUAGAGUUGAAACUUUAAUUUUAGGACCAUCAUUUAAUAGUCCUAUUCGUUUCGGGGAUCCUUCACUAAAAGUGGUUUUUUUUGGUAAAUCAUUCAACCAACCAAUCUAUCCUGGCUGGUAUUUUGAUUCACCCUUCAAACCCCCUUUUAGUCCCACUAUCAAUAUCACCACCGAUAUUUGGAAUCAUGAAAAAGAAUCCAAUAUCUGUUCAGAAACCCGAAAGGAAGAUUACAAAAGAAUUAAUCUUUACCAUACUGGUGGUCUAUUAAAUAUACAUUCCAUAGACACUAUCAAUUCAUUUACCAAAGUUCAUUUGGAAUCUAAAAUCAUAUUGAUGAUAUGUGAUAAAUGUUUUGGCAUUGGUCAAAUUAAAAGAGAAAAUAAUGUAGUGUCUUGGAAUAACAAUAAUGAUAUUUCAUUGGCAAUAGAUUUAAAAGAUGUUAGUGUCAUAUCAUUUGUAGAGUCAUCAAUUUAUCCUCAUUUAUAUUAUCAAAUUGACAAGAAAAUAUUUCAAGAAACCAAUCAACAAUCAGUGGAUUUAGAUAAUAUCGACCAUGUCAUUGAAUAUCCAUUAAUUGAUAUGAAUCAAUUAUUUGAAUAUUAG